CCUACUACUCCGAUGUUGAAAUACACAGUGCUCGUUUUACUUAUAGGGAUACCCAAGUUAUUGUUGCAGGCACAAGUGUCGUAUGAGGCGAUCUUUGUGUCAGUGACCAGUGCAGAGAACUCCAAACCAUUUGACCUUUCAAAUCUUCGACUGAUUGGUCGCGAGCGUAUUUUGAAUGGGACUUUUGAAAUACUCGAGGAUUUGGACGAAGAACAUUUUCAGAUAUCUGUGGAAAUUUACACGAAUGCUGCUCGCGACGGCAAUUUUAAGCUAAUUCCCAUGAGCAUUCCACGUCAAGGAUUGUGUACAUUCUUCAAAAAAUAUGGUUUCUAUUUAAGGGACUGCAUCAAAAAUGGCAUUAACACCGAUUUAUAUGUAAACACAACUUCUUGCUUGUUUCCCAAGGGAAAGUACUAUUUAAAGAACGUCACUAUAAACGUGCAAAAUUGGCCAAUAAUAAUGCAGCGCGGCCUUUGUCAACACGUUGGAACUCUCUAUAAAGAUGAUGUACUAAUUGGCUCAUAUAAUAUUACCUCCUCCAUCGAAGAUCGUGCUCCAAAAUAUUAUUAACCUUUAGUCCCGUUAAAAGUUCAUGUUGUA